GUGCGGGCCGCGCGCGAGCGCAGCAGUGGGAGGCGGCGGCGAGCUGCCGAGUGCAGGCUGCUGGCCGUGACCUCCUGGCUUCGGGCGGUCGUCAGCCCAGCUUCGUCCUUGCCGCGACCUCUCCCCGGUCUGUUGUGAGCCUUCGCUCGGCCCCGGCCUCGAGGGCCGACCGCUCCGCACCCCCUCGGCCUGCCGGGCCUGAGGCCGCGCCCUGCCCCCGCCGUCGGGCCGAACUCGCCGCGUCGGACCCCGCCGCUUGCCACAGGUUGAGGCCCCAGGCUUGGCCUCACCACGAUGUGGCACGAGGCUCGGAAGCAUGAGCGGAAGCUUCGAGGUAUGAUGGUCGACUACAAAAAGAGGGCAGAGCGGCGGCGGGAGUACUAUGAAAAGAUCAAGAAGGACCCAGCCCAGUUCCUGCAGGUGCAUGGUCGAGCUUGCAAGGUGCACCUGGAUUCUGCAGUUGCCCUGGCCGCCGAGAGCCCCGUUAACAUGAUGCCCUGGCAGGGGGACACCAACAACAUGAUUGACCGCUUCGAUGUCCGUGCCCACCUGGACCACAUCCCUGACUACACCCCACCUCUGCUCACCACCAUCUCCCCAGAACAGGAGUCGGACGAGCGGAAAUGUAACUACGAGCGCUACCGAGGCCUGGUACAGAACGACUUUGCUGGCAUCUCAGAGGAGCAGUGCCUGUACCAGAUCUACAUUGACGAGUUGUACGGAGGCCUCCAGAGACCCAGUGAGGAUGAGAAGAAGAAGCUGGCGGAGAAGAAGGCUUCCAUUGGCUACACCUAUGAGGACAGCACGGUGGCUGAGGUGGAGAAGGUGGCAGAGAAGCCGGAGGAGGAGGAGUCACCGGCCGAGGAGGAGAGCAACUCGGACGAAGAUGAGGUCAUCCCCGACAUCGACGUGGAGGUGGACGUGGACGAACUGAACCAGGAGCAGGUGGCAGAUCUCAACAAACAGGCCACGACCUAUGGCAUGGCCGAUGGCGACUUCGUCAGGAUGCUCCGGAAAGACAAGGAGGAGGCAGAGGCCAUCAAACAUGCCAAGGCCCUUGAGGAGGAGAAGGCCAUGUACUCGGGCCGUCGCUCCCGGCGCCAGCGGAGGGAGUUCCGGGAGAAGCGGCUAAGGGGCCGCAAGAUCAGCCCACCCAGCUACGCCCGCCGAGACAGCCCCACCUAUGACCCCUAUAAGCGGUCGCCCUCGGAAUCCAGCUCCGAAUCCCGCUCCCGCUCCCGCUCCCCGACCCCAGGCCGAGAGGAGAAGAUCACGUUCAUCACCAGUUUUGGGGGCAGCGAUGAGGAGGCAGCCGCAGCCGCAGCUGCAGCAGCUGCGUCAGGGGCCGCCACAGGGAAGCCUCCCGCGCCCCCCCAGCCAGGCGGCCCCGCACCGGGACGUAAUGCCAGCGCCCGCCGCCGCUCCUCCACCACCUCCUCCUCCUCUUCCGCCUCGAGGACCUCCAGUUCCCGCUCCCGUUCCAGCUCCAGCUCCCGCUCCCGCCGCGGCGGGGGCUCCUACCGCUCUGGCCGCCACGCACGCUCCCGCUCCCGGUCCUGGUCACGCUCCCGCUCCCGCUCUCGGCGCUACUCGAGAUCCCGCAGCCGUGGCCGGCGGCACUCAGGUGGGGGCUCUCGAGACGGACACCGCUACUCCCGUUCGCCUGCCCGGCGUGGCGGUUACGGGCCCCGGCGCAGAAGCAGGAGCCGCUCCCGCUCAGGGGACCGGUACAGGCGGGGCGGCCGGGGGCCCCGGCACCACAGCAGUAGCCGCAGCCGCAGCAGCUGGUCCCUCAGCCCGUCCCGAAGUCGCAGCCUGACUCGCAGCCGCAGCCCCAGCCAGAGCCGCAGCCCCAGCCAGAGCCACAGCCGCAGCCGCAGCCGCAGUCGCAGUCACUCGCCGUCGCCCCCAAGGGAGAAGCUGGGCAGGCCGGCAGCGUCCCCCGCUGUGGGCGAGAAGCUGAAAAAGACCGAACCUGCCGCUGGUAAAGAGACAGGAGCUGCCAAACCCAAGCUGACGCCACAGGAGAAGCUGAAGCUGAGGAUGCAGAAGGCACUGAACAGGCAGUUCAAGGCGGAUAAGAAGGCGGCUCAGGAGAAGAUGAUCCAGCAGGAGCAUGAGCGCCAGGAGCGGGAAGACGAGCUUCGAGCCAUGGCCCGCAAGAUCCGUAUGAAGGAACGGGAACGCCGCGAGAAGGAGAGAGAAGAAUGGGAACGCCAGUACAGCCGGCAGAGCCGCUCGCCCUCCCCCCGUUACAGUCGAGAAUACAGCUCUUCCCGAAGGCGCUCAAGGUCCAGAUCCCGAAGCCCCCAUUACCGACAUUAGGCAGAAGCGUGGCGGGGCAGAGGGAUGAGGGGGUGGGGCGAGGGCUCAAGCUGUGAUGCUGCUGGUUUUAUCUCUAAUGGAAUAAAAUCACACAUUAUUUAAUUCUC